AUGGAUAUGGGCGCUGUGUUUGAGAAUUUUGUCACGGCGUCAACUUUUCGCUCCAUACAGAAUUCAUUCUAUCAGUUAUGCAUAGCAGCCGACAUCGAUCCAUCGGAUUCGAUUAAUGUGUACAGAAAACUUCGGUUAUUAGACGAUUGGAAGGCCCAAAAAUUGUUCAAACUUCUUGACAAGAAGUGGGAACUCGCUGAAUAUAAAAAGCAAACCGCUGGUGAACGCUUGAACGUUUUUGUGAUUGGAGCGGGACCGUGUGGUUUACGAGCUGCCAUUGAAUGCGCUCUGCUUGGAUCUCGCGUUGUGCUCGUUGAACAACGAGAUCGAUUUAGUCGUAAUAAUGUACUGCAUCUCUGGGAAUUUGUAAUUCAAGACCUAAAAUCACUAGGAGCGAAAAUUUUUUAUCCGAAGUUUUGUACUGGCAGCAUUGAGCACAUUAGUGAGUUUUUUAAUCCUUUUUCCUUUUAUUCAUCAUUCUCCAUACAAGUUAAGCGAUUUGCUAAUUUCCUAAGCGGCUUUUUUUCCAAGGCUAACAAUAUUUUUUUUUAA